AUGGUCCGCCUACUCACGCAUAAUCUCCUUGCAUGCCACGCGAAGGGAUGCACGUCAAAUAACUUCCCUCUGCAGCUCAAGGACGCGCAGAUCGAGCUACGGGACGCGGAGUUCAAUCCUGACUUCAUCCGUGGUUUCCUACCGCGUCUUGAGUGGAAAGCUUUGGUGGAUGCUGCCCGCCAGCUUGGCGAUACGUCCUUGCCUGACCAGCCGCCAGAGAUGCUAGACGACGAAUUUCUUCAGAACCUGCACCAUGUCUUACUCGAGAUCCAUAUAGAAGAAGGUGAAAUGAUCUGUCCAAAUUGCAAGCACGUCUAUCCCAUCUCGAACGGCAUUCCGAACAUGCUCCUAGCAGAACACGAAAUUGGUUGA